AGUCAAGACGGUCAAAUCGGGAGCGAAGGGCAAGGGGGACGGGGGAAUCCGCGGGGGGAGAGGGAAAGGGAGGGGGAGCCGCGGGGUGGUUUUGGUUGUGAAAUAUAGAGAGGACCGGGCGGGACAGCGCUGGGCGAAGCGGCUUCUCGCCGUAAGGGGAUUGAUCGCUCGCCUCGGGGGGGAAGUGUGGUUGGAGAAUGGAGACGGUGGAUUUCAUUCGUGUGUCCGUUAGCGGACUAGCGUUGCGUGGUUUCUCGUCCGUGAAGACAAUGGGGAGCGAAGGACGAGUUGCAGCUGCAAGAAAACGCUUGGUUUUCUGUGAGAUUCGGUUGGGAGGGCUUCCGUCGCAGACGGCUGAAGUGCAGAUCUUGGACACUCGUGAUGGGGAGGUGGACAAGGGUAAAAUCGGGGCUACCUUCUACCUCGAUCAAAAGGCAAUGGAGGCCCUGUGCGCGCCAUCGUCCUGCGGACUUCAGGCGAAGUCGGUGCUGGAGAUCAACGUGCUCACGGUGGACAGAAGUGGUGGGGGCUUUCAUUGCGGAGCUUUCGAGAGACAGAGUAUAGGAAAGUUCAAGUUCGAUGUUACGCAGCAAUGGACUGAGGGAAAGGUUCAUGUGGUGCAUUCUGGCUGGACGCCCAUCACGCAGAAGAGAAGGAACUCCUUUUUCAUUUGUCGAAAUAGGGCUCAGCAGUCGGUGAUAGAACCGGAAAUGCACUUACGUGUGAAGGUGGAGCCGGAUCCGCGUUAUGUUUUUCGAUUUGCAGGGCAGACAAAUCUCAGUCCGCAGAUAGUGCAAACGUGUGGAUCUCGUCAGCAACCUUUUUUCAGUUGCAAGUUCAGUCGAGACCGUGGCAAUCGAUCCAGGUACAGAAGUGGUGACGUUCUCAGGGGAAGCUCAUAUGAGGCAGGAGGAAGAGGGGAGGGCACCGAGAAUAGGGAAAGGAAAGAUUGGACGGUGAUGAUCCAUGAUCUGUCUGGAGUUCCGAUCGCUGCGGCAACUAUGGUUGCGCCAUUUGCUCCGUCUGCAAAAGGUGACGAGGUUACUAGAGCGCGGCCUGGAGCGUGGAUGAUUCUGAGACCGGAUACGUGCGAGGGAAAUUCCUGGCAGUCUUGGGCGAAGCUCGAAGCAUGGAGGGAGAAGGGUAAGAAAGCGGUCGGCCUCCGGUUGGAAAUGAUGGACGAAGACCGGUUCUUGCGGUUUGGAAGCGGCGGGAGAACUGUCCCCGUUGUAGAGACGGUUGUGGAUGCGGAUAAGGGAGGGGUUUUCACCCUGGACACGUCGCGGGUGGCCAGAUCGGGAGCGGGAAGUGCUGUGUCAUCUGCGGAGGGAAGUGCUUUGUCGUCUAGGUCGGCCUCCAUGGACUCUGCUGCAAAUGGAUCCGGCAGGGAAAGAGGAGGCAGCAACAGCUGCAGCUUCUCAUCUGCCCGCGGCUUCUUAAUGAGCGUCAAGGUGGAGGGGGAGAAGAAGAGGGGUGAGAGCAAGCCGGUUGUACAGGUCAGCACGCGAAACGUUGUCCACGUGGAAGACGUGGCUGUGUUUGUGGCUUUGGCAGCAGCCGUCGAUCUCAGUGUGGAAGCUUGUCGGCCUUUCAAGGACAGAAGGCGAGAGCUCGGGAGAAGACGUGAUCGCGAGAAUGGCAAAUUUAUCUUUCUCUGGAGAGGCUUCAACAUAGUGAUCUUAACUGACAUGCCACCAUCAGGACGGGAUACGAGGCACAGUUACAAUGGCGAGUCUGCACGGUCAUACAGUAUUUGUAGUGGAUUGCCGAGGCUUAUCCAGUUGGUCAUCGCGUUAUCAGUUCAAGCUUGGACCCUCGAGCGAAAGUGUAUGCCUCUGCUUGUGACAACAGCUGUGCCGUCUUGUGUCUCGGAUUGUGGGAUUGGGAAGUUGAUGGAGCAUCUUUGCGACAACAGCAGUAUUUGUGGUGGAUUGUCGAGGCUUAUCCAGUUGGUCAUCGCGUUAUCAGUUCAAGCUUGGACCCUCAGGCGAAAGUGUAUGCCUGCUUGUGACAACAGCUGUGCCGUCUUGUGUGUCGGAUUGGGGGAUUGGGAAGUUGAAGGAGCAUCUUUGCGACAAUAGCUGGCUUCUUUUUGUUGUCGGAUUGUGGGAUUGGCAAGGUGGGAGGAGCACCGUGAAUCGCGUUCCAUUCCCACUGAUAUCAGGGAAUGUGCGACGGAAUAAGAAGAGGAGAAGAUAAACCAAUCUUAUUCCUUGUUCGCUGUGAUAAGCAUUAGGAUUUUUUGUUUCCUUGUCGAUGGUCGAGUUGGUGGACAUGUUUUCUCGCUGCCGCAGAUGCGAGCAGCGGAAGGGUGUGUGUAUUAUACGUCCGUGGUUAGGGCGCGUGCGUUUGUAGUUGUCGGUUCUAUAGACAAAGAGGAUGAAGGAAGUUUUUUCCACGUCAUGAAUCACAUGGCUAUCCUCGCGCAUUCUGUACAUAGAGAAAUCGAGAGCGAGCGAGUCCUGCUUUGAGACACAGAGAGCUAAGGUGGCAGGCAGGCACGCACGUGCGUCAACGAGUUCCUGCUACCACGUCGCUCUUUGUUAAGUUGUAGUUUAUGUCGGCGAUUAGGGCGUUUUGUCUAGCCGUCCGUAUGCGACAUAGGGGAGUUUUGUCCUCUUCACAUCCGCGUUGCUCGCUCAUAUUGCAUAAGUGCAAAUCGUCAUAGAUGGCAGGAAAAUGCCGUCGGUCCACACGUUCUUGCACCUGCUUUCUUGAUUUACGCUUUAGCCUGAAGGAAUCUUCUAUUGCGCUCGUGGUACGAUAGACGGUGGGAUUAUUGCCGUCGGUUCACGUUCAUACUCGCUUUUGACUUACAUUAGAGCUGCCUGUGUUCGAUACGCACUCAGCGCGUACUUAAACUAGCUAGCACUAUCGUUAAGGUAUCGGACUGCAUUUAAUGCCGGACCUGUAUGCAUCUGGCCGCAAUUCCGUCCAGAAAUAAGCAGAAAAGUGCUAGUGUGAGUAUGCCCUCAAGUAUCCAUGUUGUUGCGCUUGAAGGAUCGAUCGGUCUCUCUGUGGGGGGGUCUUUUCGCUCCUUCGGCAUUCUCGACAAUGGAGAAGGGGAGAAUUGAGUAUGCGGCUGUUUGGCGUUUUACCAGUCGUACGGGUCUACCUGUGGAUUACGCUGGAAAGCAGUUGAAAUUGUGAGUCAGGAGUGUCUUCGUCCACCGUAGCCGGAGGGAGUAGGUGAUGUGAAACGUUGAAGGGACGUUCAAGGAACUUGAGUAUUGAACGAGCACGGAGGAUUUGGGUCAUGGCCUCACAGCACACGCGGAGUGAGAGGAACGUGAGAGAUGAGAGAGAGGAGAAGGUAGAGGAAGGUGAGCGCGUUAAUAAUGACGCUUCCGACGUUCGAUUAAAAUUUGCGAAGGAGCUUUGAGCGCUCUCUUUGCUUUUGCGGUUGGAAAUUGUCAGUUGAGUGGGCGAACGGACGGGGUAGGUUCAGCAUUUGUAGGCUCCUUUUUUUUGGUUGUCGAUGUCAUGUCUGUCGUCGGCGUCGGUUCUGACGUUUGGAUGAAUACAGGAGGAAUUCCCGAUCACCAGUGCUUUGAGUGCAGGGGUACUCGAGUGCUGCCGUGUGUGCCAUCCAAGCGAACGAUUGUGUGCUCGCCGUUUUUGUUUCUAGUGGCAGCUGUGUCUCGAAAGCGUCGUCCGUUAUGUUAGACCAUCGAGUUUCUUUUGUCGGUUCGGUUUUUAUUCGAAUCCCCUCGAGGUUAUACGUGUGUGUGCAUCAGUUUCUUGACUUUUAAGUUUCGGAGAGAGACUCGGGGGGGAGAGCAGAGAGAGAGAGAGAGAUAGAGAUAGAGAGAGAGAGAUUAUGUGCGUGGGGGACAGCUUUUGUAAAGCUAAUGGGAGACUGACAGGAUCAAAGAAGAGAAAGCGGCUGACUCGGCCCGGUGCUAGAUCACGCAAGCGAACGUUGGAGCUUUCUGCCUCAGCACGGAGCUGUGUGCUUGUAUAAGUAGAACGUCAUUACAGCCAACAGAUCUGGGCGUUUGUGGAACGGAGGUUUGGUUCUUGCAGGGGGGAGAAAUUGGGGUAGGGAAUAACCAGGUUCAGUGGUUCACCUCUUGGCGCUGAGACACCCUUGUAUAUGCGUUUGUACUGUUAGCGGUGAAGUCGUUCUGUCUGUCUGUCUGUCUGUGUGUGACUACGGCGCAUGAAGAUGGUGGCGGUGGUAUCGUCAUGACAAUGACAAUCCUUUCUUCAAGUUUCGUACUUGAACUGUUCUUUUACCUCUUGCCGCCUCUCAGCCAUUGGAUCCUGUAUCUCAGCCAUUCGAUCCUGUAUGGCCGUUCUCAAUGCAUUACGAGGAGUCGUGUCAUACGACUCACGUGAAUGCACUCGACUCUGAUUACAGGCAAAAUGCGGCAAACGCAUUCGUGUCUGAAUACAAGACAAGUGCAGUAAAUGCGUUCGACUGUUAAUGCAUGCGAAAUGCAGUAAAUGCAUUUGAGUCUGAAUACAAGGCAAGCUGCAGUAAAUGCAUUUGCGCCUGAAUACAGGCAAGAUGCAGUACAUGCAUUUGAGCCUGAAUACAGGCCAAAUGCAGUGCAUGCAUUGGGCGUUGGCUUGAAAUAUUUUUGUGAUCAUCAGGGUAUGAACUGCGGUGUUCCCGGAGACCGAAAUAUGAUUACCUUUGACGAAAUGGGUACCUUUGACGGAGCAUUGAACUGAAUGAUGGAGCGGAUCAGAUCAGAUCAACGGUCGCGAUAUAUUGGCUGCAUCGACGACGGCGGCGGUCUUGGCGCGGCUUCAUUCAGAAUUUUUGAGUCGUCCGAAUGAACAUGGUCCUGAAAUCUUCCUAAUAAUGCAUGUAGAGUAAUGUGUUGUGGGGCCAGGCCUGAAGCAUUCUGUUUUUCCAAAAAGUUCGGUUCUGCUGUCCACUUUUGUUUUUCAAUAUGCUUCGUCGGUCGAUCGAUAGACAGCAGAGCAACGGGGGAGAGAGGGGAUUUGGCGGCUUGCCGCCGGGAAAUGUGGGGAGAGGAGGGGUAUUGUUGUCAUGCCACGAUUUUUCUGAUGAAUCGUUCCAUAUUGAAGGCCAGGUUCAUUUGGAAAAGUAUUACGAUGAGUACGGGCCUGGCUGGCAAUGUGCCAAAGUUGGCAAGUGCAGUUCUGUCCAGAUUCAGUCUGACUGGACCCGUUUUGAACGUAUCGGGACCGCUUACACCUUCAGAUACGUUUAGAAUGGAGCGAGGCCCAAUAUUAGGCACCAUUGUUGAUCAGAUGUUGAGAUCUCAAGAGUUAUAUUCAUCCUCAGGUGCAUUUAUCUCCAAGGUUAUGUUCUUCCUCCUCAGGUGCAUUUAUUUCAAGCGUUGUGUUCUUCCUCAGGUGCAUUUAUCUCAAGGGUUAUGUUCUUCCAGCAGCAGGCGUGUGUGGAGUGAGUAAUUGAGCUCGGUCCUUUCGUUCUCGUGGGAUGGUCGCUUGUCUAACGAUGGCUGUUUCGGCGGCUGGAGUGUGUGGAGUGGGUGAACAUGGAGGUCUUGCAGCUUGGUCAUGCUGUUCUGGUGAUGCGCUACGCUCGAUGCAAGUGUAUAUGAGCUUCCCUCCACUACUCGACAUUCUGACACGUGUCUGGACUGCUCAGUUCAGGACCAGAUGCGUUGCGACGGAUCCAACAAUGUUGAACGUAUUGGCACCAUUUGUAGCUCCAGAUGCAGUUUGUGUGUUGUGCAGGGGAGCGAGGCUUUAUGGAAAGAGAAUAUGGCGAAGGAUGACGGAGGCCCCGGGGGGGGGGCCGGCGCUUCACUGGAUGGCAGGGCACGACGUAGGAUCGUCCGGACGAGAUUUUCCAGUGUCCCGUUUAUUUCGGCUUUUCCAUUAAUUUUGUUUGUUGAUUGUGCGGCCCCUGGCCGUGGAUUUCAGUUCUCAAGAGGUGCAUAAGUACUUCACAACUUGUUGUUCAACUUGCUUCCACCAAAUUCGAAAACAAAUUUAUAAUGGACUC